AAGCUGAAACCACCAACAGCGAUCGUACUACCGUAUUUUAAUACCCAGUCUCGUUGGUUUAUAUAUGAGAGAAAUAAAUUCCUUCUCUCGCGCCGUGAAUUGUGUUAUGUCUCUGAGGUACAGUAACAUGUAUCUUUGAAAAAGACAUUUUCUGCUUCGCCAACGAACCAAAGAAUUUUUGUGAUAAGAAAGAAACAUUAUUUGACAAUGGGAACGUCAGAGAGAAAUCGCAAUUCUGAAAGACUGUCGUUUAUAACAAAGUGAAAAAUCAUAGAGGAAAUGAUUUUGUGUUUAAAGAAUGUGUGAUAGUGUAUAAUAAAAAAAAUAACCAAGAGACGAGAAAUAUCAAGAGCAGGAGGAGGAGAAAGAGAAGAAUAAGAACUACAAAAAGUUAAGAAGAUAAAAGAAAAAUAUUUAUACAAAAGAAGACAAUGUUUGGUAUAACGAUGAUGGAGCCACGUGAAAGAAUUGUCGCGUGCACACAAUCGCCUGCUCAUCAUCAACAGCAGCAUUAUCGUCAAGUGAUAAGAACGACAAAAGUUCAUCAAAACUCACGAUGCACGCGUGUUGUUACCAUUCAAGAAAAAGUUAUCAGGUCACGUCUCCAAAUGGGAUAUUCGACGCCAACUGCUUUUCUUAAUCGUUUCCCACAAAAGAUGGAGAGGUCGACGCACAAUACGAGUCUUAAUCAGGCUCACAGCGGAAAUGUGCACAAUGUAUAUUCCUCCGGAAAUCAAACAGCCCUCUCGACAUCGUACAUAACAGGGCAGUCUUACAUGCAGGGACAAAAUUAUACUCUUGGCCCGUACCCACCAUCCACCGUGCAGGUGUAUCCACACACAAACUACGGACAACCCCAAAGUUAUGGAGCAAUAGUUCAGGGUUACGGGGGACAACCUCAGUCUGGAUUUCAGCAGGCAUGUCACAAGAAAGGAUCCAUCCGUAAUGGAUACGAGCUGAGCCAGGACCUGUUGGAGAAACAAAUCGAGAUGCUCGAGAGGAAAUACGGCGGCGUUAAGGCGAGAAAUGCGGCAUUAACAAUACAGAGGGCAUUUCGACGUUAUACAUUGUUGAAAAAAUUUGCGACAAUCACGGCAAUGGCAAAGGCGGAGAAGCGACUGAGUCGAAAAUUGCAGGAGGCUGCGGAGCGACAGGAUCAUGAGAGGCAUCCUUAUCACAGUCAAAUUUACAUUCAACCGAGCCAGGUCGGUGGUAAUCGGCCAAUGCCAAUUAGAAGUAUGUCAUUACGAGAGAGGAGACAUCCUGAGAAUUCACAAUGUCAAACGCCGAUGACACGUAGUCAAAGUGGAAGAUGCGAGGUGCAAAUUGGAGGUCACAGGGUUAAUGCUCAUCAGCAUUCUAAUCACAAUGUACAUCAAAGUAGUCGUCAUUCUAAUUCGAUGACACCGAGUCCUUGUGCUAGGCAUCAGCCUCCACCCAGUCCUUGUUGGGAGUCGAGUUCACAGGAGAGCGGCUCCAGUAUUCAUUAUUACAAUCCACAGGAAACUUUGUGUGGAUUGAGACAAGAAACUCCACCAAGGGAUUCACAUAGAACUCCAUGCACUUCUCCAUCGACGCCUCAUAAUCUACAAAGUUCGUUGUCACAAAAUUGGACGAGUUCGUCGUCACAAAUUUGCACGUCGGGUGGUAGAAAUCGUGGUUCAACGAAAAAAGUACCACCCGAAGUUCCAAAACGAACUUCGUCAAUUACAUCGAGGUCGAUGGAACCGAGGCACAAUGGUCUCAGUAAAAGUGUGGAAAAUGGAAGUCUCAGUUCGGUACAAAGUUCAGGAAGUGAUUCGACUAAUUGCGAAAGCUCUGAAGGAGAUGCACAGAGAGGCUCGCCUAUUUGGAAGCAUAAAGGCAUUUCGGCCUCACCCGAACAUCAAGACUGUGGCCAUACGAAUGAGGGUAACAAUUUGAUGAAUAGCGUCAAGGAGUUGGGUCACUCCCAUGCAAAUUCCGGAUACCAACACCCAUUAAUGGAUCACACCGAGGCAAUAUCACAAACGAGCUAUAAAGUUUCGGAGCAAAAUAGAAAACGUCAAUAUAGAGUUGGACUCAAUCUUUUUAAUAAGAAACCAGAGAGGGGUAUCACCUAUCUUAUCAGGCAGGGCUUUCUUGAGAAUAGUCCACAGGGAGUCGCUCGAUUUUUGAUCACAAGAAAGGGACUUUCCAAACAAAUGAUUGGCGAGUAUCUCGGCAAUUUGCAGAAUGCCUUCAACAUGGCUGUUUUAGAAUGUUUCUCGCACGAAUUGGAUCUUUCCGGAAUGCAGGUUGACGUUGCACUGCGAAAGUUUCAGACCUACUUUAGAAUGCCAGGCGAAGCUCAAAAAAUCGAACGAUUAAUGGAGGUGUUUAGUCAACGUUAUUGUCAAUGUAAUCCCGAUGUAAUAUCGAGGUUACGUUCGGCCGAUACAAUAUUUGUUCUUGCAUUCGCAAUUAUAAUGCUCAACACGGAUCUGCAUACGCCGAACCUGAAACCAGAGCGUCGAAUGAGAAUGGAGGACUUUAUUAAAAAUUUACGCGGUAUUGAUGAUUGCGGUGAUAUUGACAAGGAUAUUUUAAUUGGCGUUUAUGAUAGAGUUAAGGCAAAUGAAUUUAAACCCGGUUCGGAUCAUGUGACGCAAGUUAUGAAAGUGCAAGCGGGUUUUGUUGGCAAGAAACCAAAUAUGGCGCUACCACAUCGUCGAUUGGUGUGCUAUUGCAGAUUGUAUGAAAUUCCCGAUAUCUAUAAAAAGGAACGAUCUGGCGUUCAUCAGAGGGAGGUGUUUCUAUUUAAUGAUUUGUUGGUGGUGACGAAAAUUUUGGGCAAGAAAAAAGGACGGCCAACAUAUACGUUUAGACAGAGUUUUCCGCUUUGUGGAAUGGUCGUCACGCUCUUUGAAGUUCCUCAUUAUCCUUAUGGUAUAAGACUGUCGCAACGUGUCGAUGGGAAGGAAUUGGUGACGUUUAAUGCACGUAAUGAGACCGAUCGAUACAAAUUUGUCGAGGAUUUGAAGGAGUCCAUUAGCGAAAUGGAUGAAAUGGAGACUUUGAGAAUUGAGACCGAAUUGGAACGACAAAAGAGUAGUAGAGGAACGAGGGGCAGUGCAGAGAAUCGCGAUUCAGGUGUUGCCGACGUGGAGGUUUGUCCUUGUCCCGGUUCCUGUUCUGAGAGAUCAGAAACGACUGAUAUGGACAACCAUUUGAAGAGAUCUGCACUCAGCAAUUCACUUCUCGAUAUCCACGAACAAUUCGCCGGUGAAAAGCCGCAGCGUCGCGGUAGUGUCGGUUCAUUGGACAGUGGAAUGUCAAUUUCAUUUCAAUCGACUUCCGCGAGUUCGAUGAGUCAAGGAAUGAAACAUCAUGGACAACAUCAUUCUAUUCAUCCGGGAGCGACAAUUGCCGGCGUCAAUAAAGGCUUAUCACAGCAGCCGUCUUUUUUAGGAGGAUUAUUUAAUAAACGUGAGAGAAAAUUAUCACAAUCGGAGGAUACCAGUCCCUACAGUCGUACCACCGAAGUCUAAAUUCAAUUUUUUGACAACGGGUUUUUAGGGAAUAAUUCUUUUUUCAUUUUGACAAACGGGACUUCCUUGGAUCUUCCGAGAGUUUAGAGAGUAGAAUGUACAAUUUUAUUAAAAAAAAAAGAAAAGAAAAAAAUAUUAGUUGAACGGAAUUGAAGAUGCUCGUUUAACAGUCUCACAUUCUAAUUCAUUUUUUUUUAAUUUCUCAUUCAUUGAUAAAACAAAAAUUGUUUUUUCUUUAGGUGUGUUUCAACGAGUGCAUUUUCUUUCCUUUUUGUUUUUGUACCGAAAAAAUUUUAGAAUCAUACGAGAGCAAUUUUUUUCUAGUCAUACAUUAUUGUAAAUAUAAAUGUCUCCUACCGGGGGUUAAUAAUUGCAUCACAAUGUUUUUUUAGAGUAAUUCCAUAUAUUUAUAUAUAGUCGAUGAUUUUUUAAAAAUUUUUUUUCUUUGCCACGCUUUUUGUUUUUAAUAUAAAGAAAAAAAGACUCUGGCA